UUUUGCCCUCCACGGGAUCUGCUCCAGGAGCUCCAUGUCUCUCUUGUACUGAGGAGCCCAAAACUGGACACAGCACUCCAGAUGCGGCCCCAGCAGUGCUGAAUAGAGGGGCAGGAUCAGCUCCCCCGACCUGCUGGCAGCGCUCUUCCUACUGCAGCUCAGGAUAUCAUUGGCGUUCUCGGCCACAAGGGCCCUGAGCUCACGGCUCAGGGGCGCUUACGUUCCUUGUGUUCCCAGAGGAGUGACGGACCUGCUGCCUGCCGGCUCUCGGCGGCUGCUGAGGGAGCUUCACACACGUAUCUCGCCGGGGUCCCCUCAAGCAGCCGGACCCCGCUCCCGCGGGCCUGGGGGCUUCAACAGCGACUUGGGGCAGAGGAGCUGCAACUCCCUCGCAGCGCGCUGGCCGCUGGGAGCUGUAGUGCGGCGGCUAGCAGCGACCUGUAGCGCCCUUGCCGGCAGCGUCCCCGGUGAGAACUACAACUCCCGUCGUGCUCCGCGCGCGGGGCGACCAGUCCCGUCCGCCCCACCUCCCCGCCCUCACGGCCGCGCGGAGCGAAGCAGCGGCGCGUGCGCGGUGGCGUGAGCUCGCGCCGCUCCCCGCCCGUCCCUGCGAGCGCCGGGCGGCGGCGGCGGCCGCGGGAUGGGGCGCGAGGCGGGGCGUGCCCGCCGCGCGUGAGGCCGAGGCGGAGCCGCUGCGCGGGCGAGCGGGACCCCACGACGGUGUGAUGGACAGGUAGCAGAAGAUUUCACUUUGAUAUCUGGGUAUCAGAAUGACCGAGUGCUUCCUGCCUCCCACAAGCAGCCCCAGUGAACACCGUCGGGUAGAACACAGUGGGGGACUUGCUCGUACUCCCAGCUCUGAAGAAAUCAGUCCUACAAAAUUCCCUGGAUUGUACCGCACCGGUGAGCCUUCACCACCUCACGACAGCUUACAUGAGCCUCCAGAUAUAGUAUCUGAUGAUGAAAAGGAGCAUGGGAAGAAGAAAGGAAAAUUUAAGAAAAAAGAAAAAAGAACGGAAGGUUAUGCUGCGUUUCAAGAGGACAGUUCCGGUGAUGAAGCUGAAAGUCCUUCCAAGUUGAAGCGGUCCAAGGGAAUACAUGUCUUCAAGAAACCCAGCUUUUCCAAAAAGAAGGAGAAAGAUUUUAAAAUAAAAGAGAAACCCAAAGAUGAAAAACAUAAGGAAGAAAAACAUAAGGAAGACAAACACAAAGAGAAAAAGUCAAAAGACUUAACUGCAGCAGAUGUUGUAAAACAGUGGAAAGAGAAGAAGAAAAAGAAAAAGCCAAUUCAAGAGACAGAGAUACCUCAAGUGGAUGUUCCAAGUCACAGACCCGUGUUUGGCAUUCCUUUGUCUGACGCAGUAGACAGGACCAUGAUGUAUGAUGGCAUCCGCCUGCCAGCAGUUUUCCGUGAAUGUAUAGAUUACGUAGAGAAGUAUGGCAUGAAAUGUGAAGGCAUCUACAGAGUUUCAGGAAUAAAAUCAAAAGUUGACGAGCUGAAGGCAGCCUAUGAUCGUGAAGAAUCUCCAAACCUGGAAGAAUAUGAGCCCAAUACAGUCGCCAGCUUGCUCAAACAGUACCUACGGGAACUGCCCGAAAAUCUGCUUACCAAAGAGCUCAUGCCCCGCUUUGAAGAUGCUUGUGGAAAGAGCACAGAAGCUGAGAAAGUUCAGGAGUGCCAGAGGCUGCUCAAAGAGCUGCCAGAGUGUAACCAUCUCCUGAUUUCUUGGCUGAUUGUGCAUAUGGACCAUGUUAUUGCAAAGGAACUGGAAACUAAAAUGAACAUCCAGAAUAUUUCUAUAGUGCUCAGCCCUACUGUCCAGAUCAGCAACCGUGUCCUGUAUGUGUUUUUUACACAUGUUCAAGAGUUCUUUGGAAAUGUGACCCUCAAGCAGGUGACAAAACCUCUUCGCUGGUCAAAUAUGGCAACAAUGCCAGCACUUCCAGAAACACAAGAGAGCAUAAAAGAAGAAAUCAGGCGACAGGAGUUCCUUCUGAACUGUUUACACAGAGACUUGCAGGCAGGGAUAAAAGACUUAUCCAAAGAAGAGAGACUCUGGGAGGUGCAGAGAAUCUUAACAGCUCUUAAGAGGAAACUAAGAGAAGCUAAGAGACAGGAGUGUGAAACAAAGAUUGCACAAGAAAUUGCUAGCCUUUCAAAGGAGGAUGUCUCCAAAGAAGAAAUGAAUGAGAAUGAAGAAGUUAUAAAUAUUCUGCUUGCACAGGUAGCUGGCAGGCACUUACCUGUUUGCCUGGAGAACGAGAUUUUAACAGAACAAGAAGAGCUGCUGGCCAUGGAGCAGUUUCUGCGGAGACAGAUUGCCUCCGAGAAGGAAGAAAUAGAUCGGCUCCGAGCAGAAAUAGCUGAAAUACAAAGUCGCCAGCAGCACGGCCGCAGUGAAACCGAGGAAUACUCUUCCGAGAGUGAAAGUGAGAGUGAAGAUGAGGAGGAGCUGCAGGUCAUCCUGGAAGAUCUGCAGAGACAGAACGAGGAACUGGAGAUCAAGAACAAUCACCUGAACCAAGCGAUUCACGAGGAGCGUGAGGCCAUCAUCGAGCUGCGGGUGCAGCUCCGCCUGCUGCAGCGUGCAAAAUCCGAGCAGCAGGGGCAGGAGGAAGAGGAGGGGGAAAAGCGCGGGGGCGUUUCUCAGCAGCAGAGAGACACUGUCCUGGAGACAAAAGCAGCCAAAGAGCAGCCAAAAGCAAGCAAGGAGCAGCAAGUCAAGCCAUCGCCAAGUAAAGACAGGAAAGAAACUCCAAUUUGAUCCAGCUCCUUGGCUAUGCAUAAAAUCAACUGAACUGUGCAAAUUACUGUAAUUUGAGUCAAACUGCACAAAUUAUUGGUGGCUGUGUACAUUCUGUAAAGAAACUUUUCUUUUAAGCCCUGGAGACUUUUGUCUCUUAAUACUUGUGGCUUCUACUCAUCAAACUCAGGUGAGUUUGGAGAGGCCAGAAGAGUUUUCCAGUUAGUAUCAGAUUAUUUCAAGACUGGUUUCCUUCAGGUGAUUCAAAAUAAUUCAGUAACAGUUUUAUUUCAAACCAAAAUCAUUAUUUACAUUCACUGGAGCAGAAUUGGAAGAUCUCCUUUUCAGUAAACAAACAAAAUCCACCCACACACCUAGUAAUGAUUUGCCUUGUGGAUCUGUUCAUCCUCAUUCACCAUUAUUUCUGCAUAUUAACCUAGUCACUUCUUGCUUGUGCCUUUGAUACCUUUCUGAUGCAGAUUAUAUACAAGGGAGCUUUAAAUUUAUUCUGGGUUGGCUGAAACAGUGGGAGACUGUGGGGUAUCGUGUUUACCUAACAUGCCCUUAAGCUUCAUUUCUGUUCUGAGAUGUACUGAGUAAGUGUAAAAACUUGAGAGAUGUUAUUUAUGUCCCCGUAUGAUGGAAAUGUCCAUGUCCUUUAGCGGUGUAGGUAACUCACUGGCUCAUCAUUAAUCACCCUCAUCACACCUGUCUGAGACAGGCCCUGUUCACACUGCUGCCAAGUAGCCAAGCGCUUUGUCUUCAUCCAUUUUAAAUGUUUUCAUCUCUUGGAAAAAGCCACUGCUUGUAGGCAGGGAUGGGAGUGGUUAUGUCUUUAGGACGUAUCUGCCUGACCAAGCAAUACAGCAUUUCCCCUGCACAAAUGCCAGUCACUUGUGAUUCCAAAUGAGCCCGAAGAGCGAUGCCAACGGGAGGCACCGGGGGCUUAGCAAUAGCCUCUUUUUGCUGGUGUUUAACAAACCAACCAGCGCUACCUGGGACUUGGUUUUGGUUUGGCUGUUUUUAAUGCUUCUACCCUUCAAAAUCCUCCACUCACACUGGCAUUUAAGGGCCCUUUAAUGUUUCAGAUACGCUUAUUGGACUCAGCCCUCAAUCCAUAUAUAGACAGAAACUCCACAGAGUGCAUAUAGGCUAUCUUAUUUUUUAAUCUGGAUAUUUAUUUUCAGCACCUGUUGGAUGUGGUUGUAUUCUUUAUCUAUUGCACUGUUGUGAAUCAUUGGCCAUGAUUUGAUUUUUGUACAAAUAAUGCUUUGAUAUGUUAUAGAAAAAAACAGCAUAGUAUUUUUUUAAAAUUUGGAAAAAAGUUUAUAAACACAGAAAAUGUGAUCAGAUUACAAAUGUAAACUAAAGCAUUCUCCCUUGCCUUCGUUACAUACAUUUUAUAUUUGCUGGCAAUAUUUAAACUUUUUGUUUGUUUGUUUAAUUCACACUAAUUCCUAUUGAAUUGUCAUGGAUUUUUCUAAUGUUCUUCAGACAAAUCUCUUAAUAUUGGUUAACUUUUAUUUUGUUAGGAUUGUAUUUAUCAAGCAAAUAAAUUCAACGGCCAUUUGAAA